AUGGAAGGUGUAAACAGUCAAACUGAUACAGAAUUUGAUGAUAUUUCUUCAUUCUCCUCAGUAGAUUCUUACAAGCCUGAACCUUUUACAGGUGUAGACAGUGACAUUAAGAAAGACGAUACUAACAAUGAUUUGGUAAGAAAUGAUACCGUAUUAACUAGUAGACAUACCGAUGAAUCUCAUAAUAUGGAUAGAACAGGAAGUCGAGAUCAUUCUGAUGUACAUUCAAAGGCAAGUAAUACUACAUUGAAAAAAUUAGAUUCAAAUGCUGUAGAAAGAGUAGUAACACAUAACGCCCUUAACGAUCACUCCGAAACUGUAGAUUCAUUAAGGGCAAAAGGUGAAGAGUUUGACAAAGCUGGUCUCCCUGAUAUUAAUUCUCCAAUUACACAUGCUUCAGAGGAGGCUAGAUUCCCAGAAGAAUAUGCUAUCGAAACAGAUACUGGUUUAGUAAAAAUGAAAACUAUAGAAACAUUGAAGAGAGAGGACACUAGGGUUUCUAAAGGUAGUAAAAAGGAAGAAGGACAAAGUGAAGCAGCUAAGAUGGAAGCAGCUGUUGAAAGAAAUCGUAAAGAUAUCGAGAAAUAUCAAAAACAUAAGAAAGAAAAAGGUGUUAAAGGGUUUUUCCAUAGGAUGUUUGAUUAA